CCCGGCCCGGCGCGGCCCGCGCCGCCUUUCGGUUCCUCCCUGGCAGGAAGGAGCAGCCGGGCGGGGCGCGGGGCCGGCGGCGGCAGCAGCAGCGCCCGCCCCAUCCCGCCGCCUGGCGCCCCCGCCCCGCCGUGGCGCGCGCGCACACGCACACCCGCACGGACACCCCGUACACACACACCCGCACACGCGUGGGGGGAAGCGAGCGCCCCCCCGAAGAGCGGUGGUGGGGAAACUCUGCCGGCGGGGCGCCUCCCCCCGGCAGCUGCGGGCUGGGCCGGGCCGGGCCGGGCCGGCGGGGCCAUGGUGGCAGGAACUUCCCGGUGAAGGGUGGCCCGCGGCCGCGGCGGGGCUCCGCGCCGGAGCCCAAAGUGGGGCGAAACCCCCCAGAACUUCCUUGUCGCCCCACUCCGCGCGCGCGCUCUCCUCCUGCUUAUUUUUAUUUUUCCUUCCUGAGACAUGUCUGAGGCUCCUGCUCAGUGUUGCAUCAAGCAGGAAAGAAUUUCGUACACACCUCCAGCGAGCCCGGUACCAAAUUACACUUCCUCGUCACCACUACAUGUCCCAGUGCCUCGAGCAAUCAGGAUGGAGGAAGACGCAAUCCGCCUGCCGGCGCACCUGCGUCUGCAGCCCGUUUACUGGAGCCGGGAUGAUGUGGCACAGUGGCUCAGAUGGGCAGAGAAGGAGUUUUCCUUGAGGCCAAUUGAGAGCAACACCUUUGAGAUGAAUGGCAAGGCUCUGCUGCUUCUGACCAAAGAGGACUUUCGAUACAGGUCUCCUCAUUCAGGUGAUGUUCUGUAUGAACUCCUUCAGCAUAUCCUGAAGCAAAGGAAAGCUCGUAUGCUGUUCCCACCUUUCUUCCACCCCGGGAACUCUAUCCAUGCUCAGCCAGAGGUCAUAUUACACCAGAAUCAUGAUGAAGAUACCUUUGUCCAGAGACCUUCAAGACCAUCCACAGAAACAGUCCACCACAAUCCCCCAACCAUUGAACUGUUGCAUCGUUCUAGAUCACCCGUCACCAACAAUCACCGUCCAUCACCGGAUCCCGAUCAGCGGCCACUGAAGUCCCCUAUGGACAACACUAUCCGUCGCCUCUCCCCAGCUGACAGGGUGCCAGGGACAAGGCAUCAGCAAGAGAACAACCACCAGGAGCCCUAUCCUCUCUCAGUGUCCCCGAUAGAAAACAACCACUGCCCACCUCCUUCUGAAGUGCUCCAGAAGCCCUCCAGCCCUCGGCAGGAGAACACCAGGGUCAUCCAGCUGAUGCCCAGCCCUAUCAUGCAUCCUUUGAUACUGAAUCCCAGGCACUCCGAUUUCAAACCAUCAAGGUUGUCUGAUGAUGGGCUGCACAGGGAGGUAAAGCCAAUCAACCUGUCCCACCGGGAAGAGUUAGCUUAUAUGAACCACAUCAUGGUGUCUGUCUCCCCUCCUGAGGAUCAUGCAAUGCCAAUUGGAAGAAUAGCAGACUGUAGGUUGCUUUGGGAUUAUGUUUAUCAGCUGCUUUCUGACAGCCGGUACGAAAACUUCAUCCGAUGGGAAGAUAAGGAAUCCAAAAUAUUUCGGAUAGUGGAUCCCAACGGGCUGGCCCGGCUGUGGGGAAACCACAAGAACAGAACAAAUAUGACUUAUGAGAAAAUGUCCAGAGCCCUACGCCACUACUACAAACUAAAUAUUAUCCGGAAGGAGCCAGGACAAAGGCUUUUGUUCAGGUUCAUGAAGACCCCAGAUGAGAUUAUGAGUGGCCGAACAGACCGUCUCGAGCACCUUGAAUCCCAGGAACUGGAUGAACAAAUAUACCAGGAAGAUGAGUGCUGAAGAGAAGCGGUGCACUGCCUCUGUGGGCCCAUGGGAGAAACAUCUGCCCGGAUGGCCGGCACGGUUUGGGAGGGGGAAGCAACACACAGAGCAGAACUUGGGGUCGCCGCUUAGCUUGAAGACCAUGCAGGACCUGAAGCACCUUAACAAAACAAACUAACAGGCAGAAGUGGUGCUGGCAGCAAAGUAGAGGGGAGAAAGCCUGGACUUAUGCACUACUUCACUGUUCCUACAGAGUCUCCCUUGAGUUCCUUCUUUCUUUUUGGUUUGUUUCAGUUUUUUGGUUUUUUUUGUUUUUUUUCCUUAAUAAACAUGCAGUUUGACUUUUCUUAUCUCACAUAGGACAAGACGUCAGAUUUUGCUUUUUUUUUUUUUUUUUGGAAAGCUUUCCUAUGGAAAUAGAGUGCUCUUAUUUUCUGUGCAAGUCUCAUGAUAUAACACCGCAUAAAACAGUAGCAACACGGAAGGGAUUUGCUCACGGGUUUCUGGUUUGUUCGGAUCCAUUUACUUGUGCUGCCACUGGGAAAUGUCUUGAAGCUACCAAAAGAAUUUACCACACAUAUCUGUCCAAUGAAGAGGAGUCACCCUUCACAUGUAGGCUGGGACAUCUUCCCAGCAUAGCUUGGGCUCACAGCAAGUCCUGCAAGUUGCUGUUAACUACUGGCAUAUGGACCAAAACCAAUCACCUAAGUGCUCCGGGGAGGAGAAAAAUAAAUGUGACAAACCUCUGCAAUAGCCUGAUGUUGACAUAUUCCCUCCCCCCCGCAACUAGUAAAGAAGUGAUAGAAUGGGGUGGGGGUAAUAUAUAUAUAUAUAUAUGUAUGUAUGUAUGUGUGUAUAUAUAUAUAUGUACACACACAUGUAUAUAUAUUUUAUAUAUAUAGAUAGAUAGAUAUGAACCCCACAACAUAUCCACAUGCAGAAUUUCAGCUAAAAGCCUUCUAUCAAAAAGCUAAGGCUGAAACUUCUGUGAUUACACAAGGGAGGUUUUUUUUUUUUUCCCUGCAUGUGCUUGCAAUCUUAGGGAGAAAGCAAAGGGCCCCAUUACGUGGUUUGUGUUUCUGAGAAACCUCUCCAGGAUCCAUUUGUGCUCCUGGAGAGGUAGAUGAUUCACCUAUCUGAAAACUGAGAGUAGAGAGCUGGAGGCCAGAUAGCUCUACUGAUACUUUGUAAUUGAUCUUGGCUAUGUUCUGGGGUUUGGUAUCUUUAUGCCUCCCACUGCCCUCUCCCACGCCACAGCUCUGCCAUCAACAGCUCCUGUCUCCCCUUGCCCAUUUUUGACAUGAUUUGAAAGACAAGAAAAGAAAACCCUACAACCAUGUUGCUUUCUUGGUGUUUGAUUUUGCUUUAAUUGGAGGAUGCCCCAUUUGUUACACCCCCAAUUCGAUUUGCAGCAGUGAGAGUACUUCGCGUGAGGCGAAAGAGCCAUGCCUAAUUUGCUGGCACAAAGUUCAGCAGUCUUUAAUGCCCAAUACUAGAGAAACUUCUGGCCUUUCUCAUUUUACAUUGCUUAGGCCAUGAUGACAGGAAAGUCUAUGGUGUCCAGGUAAGCAGUAAUCCAUCAUCAGUGGUCCCUGUUAUUUGAAGGAAUAUCUAGCAACAGAAACUAUAUUUGCAAAGGGAGAAGAUGUACAGAGAAACUGUACAGGAAUCACAUGAUGUCUGGAAGAAAGCAAGUCCACACCAGUUGAUUAAAAACAGAAAGCCUCUAUUAUGGGAACAUACAUAGUAGAAAUGGAACCAAAAAAAACUAGGUACAUUCCCAUGAUAGAGCUUUUAUCAGCUAUUAAACCAACACAAUAUUUGAUCUUACUACAUAUUUAACAAGAAGGUUAAUCUAUCCAGAAAAAAAUGCUAUUUGGCAAUGAGUUGUGUCCUGUAUGUUUAAGCAGAGGUAGUCCACUUUCACAAAAGCCUUUUUUGAGUCACAAACUGUAGAAGGAAAGGCUUUGUUAAGGGCAGAGAUAGGCAUCCUAAAAUGGGGAGAGAUUUUUCAGGGCUAGUAUCUGAUGAAAGACAGAGCGUACAUCUCUCCCAGCUGCAUUUGUUUUAUCCUUAGUCAAUAUAUUACAAGACCCAGCACACCAAGUACUCUGACUUUUUCUGCCUCAAAAGACACGGGAGCAUGUAUCAGAGAGAAGAGCGGAUGGCCUGUCCUGUGUCUCUGCCAUGCUCUGAGCUCCUGAGGUGUGAAACUGGGAGGUGCUGAGGGAUGUCAGCGGUCACAGAUUUGAAACCAAAGGGCCUUGAGAACAAAGGGCCAAGGAGUUACUGUGCUCAGUUACCCUGCCUCAGAGCACACAGUUUGCAGCCCUGGCUCAGGAGCAGCUGCUCACAGCUGGGUGAAGGGGACAAGGUGCAUCCUCUUGCUCAAUGCAUGGUGCAGAGGAGACAUUAAAAAAAACGUCAGAGAAGAAUGUGAAGGAGAGAGGAAAUGCAAAGAUCCAAAGCAAUCAAUGUAAAGAAAAGUCCUUGCUGGUUUCUUCUAUCUUUUAGGAUGCUCAGUGGCAGAAAGAAAUAGGGUUUGUGCUGGAAACAAUUUGUAUCCUGUACUGUUCUGCUUGUGAUGACUGCGUGAACAGCAUUAUUUUCUUUUUUUUUUCUUUCUUUUUAUUUUCUGCUCCAGCUACUGUUAUGAGAUGGUGAAAAAACAAAGAUAGGAACCCUUAUAUUUAAAGUGCUCUGCUAAGCCACAGGUUUUGUCAUGCCCAAGGUGAAUGUUGCAAAAUGCAAGGAACUAGAGACAAUCCAACAGUAUAAGCCCAUAUGCUCAUAGAGUUCAUCUUCAGCACUGCGUAAAACAGGAAAAAGCAAGGAAUCCUGAAAUCACACGUUUCCCCAUGGGAAAAUUUUGUAGAUGAAUGGUCACCAAAAAUACAAUCACUUUCAUCUGCAAAAUCUAAGUCAAAGGAAACAAAUAUUUUUGGUGACUGUUGGGAAGUAUCUUCCAGUCGUAUGUAAAGGCUUAAUUUCUUCUCCACCAUAACUGUAUGGAAGAAGUUCUCUCAAGCCUCAUGUUAGCCAAAAUGAAAACAGUCUCUGUGCUUGGACCAGGCCAUUCCCACAACGGACUGCCCUGGCUUGUGCUGUCCCCUCCCUGCCCUGGGUCUGUGUGGUGCAGGGAGGAGAGCAGGAGUGAGUGGCACAGGUGACACCGCAGCUGCUCAGACUGCGGGGGCUUGUGACAUGUUGUGGGACCCCCACAAUUCAAAAUUCCCUUGGGGCCUUGAAAGCAAGUUGACCAGUGAUAAUUAAAAAAUGAAACCCCAAACCAGGCUACACCAGUUGCAGGAGGCAGAUCCCCGUCUACCUCACAUCCACAUGGCAAAUACAUGGAGUGCAAACAGAGCGUUAACGUCCUGAGCUACAGGAACCCUGGGCUACCAGUCUAGGCUAGCAAAGGUAAUGCUGUUUUGCCACCAACCCUAAUGCCCCUCCCCAGUUUCCAAAUUCUCAGUGUAGAAUUUGCCAGCAGCAAAGCAGCCAAACUUUCUGCCUUUUGCAUCAAAGCAAGGUGGAAAAGGGAAAAAGAGUCUAAGAAAUGCCCAACAAUGGAUCUUCACAUUAUGUGGUUAAGUGGGACCUUCACUGCCAUCGAGUUGCUACAAUUCUGAGCAAACCACAAGUCAGGCAGGCAGGACACACUGUGGUUCCACGACAAAACAUCUUCCUGAGUCAAGUUGGAGACCUUUGGGCUGCCAGUCCAUCCCGAGAACACUACUGGGGCCCUUUACGUGAACACUAAGUUGCUGCAGCCCUCCCUGGAUUUCCCACUCCACACAUGCAUUCUUCUGCUCUCUCCUUGUCAGGCUGCAACCAUGUGCAAAUCCUGAAUGCAGCAGUUCAAGAUUUUCUUUUUUUAAUAAAAUUCUAGUCUGUUUUUAUUCA